UGUGGUGUUAUGGAAUCAUCACGAACGGACGGCCCCUUUAAGAGUGUAGUCGCUGACACUGACGAAAUUUCCUGGUCAGGUCCUCCUGUUGUGUGCUUCACUGAAAAUCAACAAGAGAAAUUGAGGCAGCCUGUUUUAAUGUAUAUGUACAGCGGGGGCUGGCAUUGACACAAAAUAACCUGUAUCGAAAACUAAGACACCGAUUUUCAAGCGGCGAUUCAGUAAACGAAAGCAGAAAUAUAUUUCAUCAUUUUGUUCAUCUGGAGGUUUUAAAGAUAUUCAGUGGGUUCAGCAGGUGUAGAGAAAUACACCCCAGAAUCACAAGGAUCCUCAGUGUUAAUGAAACUUUGCUCUGAUUUCCGCGCUGGGGACACCAUUCAUCAUGUUAAGGUAAAGCAGAAGAGCUCUGUGUUGAACAUGCUAAAGCGGUUGGACAAAAUAAGGUUCAGAGGCCACAAGCGAGAUGAGUUCCUUGAUUUAGCUGAAUCUCCCAACACAUCAGACAAUGAAUGUAGUGAUGACAUCCCAGUGAAACCCCGUCCAUCAUUAAAAGAAGCUGAAGACUACAGAGACCCUGCUGGUCCAGGGAAUCUGGUGAUGGCAUCAGCAUUACAGGACUUCCAAAGAAUGGAAUCUGAUAGACUAAACGAGAUCAAAGGUCAUCUGGAAAUUGCCUUAUUGGAGAAACACUUUUUGCAGGAAGAAUUAAGAAAACUGCGAGAAGAAACAAAUGUUGAAACAUUAAAGCAGGAACUUGAUAAAGAGAGAAUAAAAAGAAUAGAACUGGAACAAAAAGUCAACGAACUUCUGAAAACAAGAGCAGAAGAAUCUGCAGUACAGCAGCCUACGAAAGUCAAUGGAACAGAGAAAAGGGUUGAAACAGUUUAUUCAAGAUUUCAGAAGUGGCUUUAUGAUAAGUUUGGGGUGUACAUUGAGGACUUCCGAUUUCAGCCAGAAGAAAACACUGUGGAGACAGAAGAACCACUAAGUGCUAAACGGUUGACAGAAAACAUGAGGAGAUUAAAGCGAGGUGCCAAACCUGUCACUAACUUUUUAAGGAACCUCUCAGCCUUAUCAAAUUGGCACUCUGUAUACACUUCAGCAAUUGCCUUCAUUAUUUACAUGAAUGCUGCGUGGCAUGGCUGGGCCAUCCCUAUGUUCCUCUUUUUAGCCAUUUUGAGGUUAUCCUUAAAUUACCUCAUUGCAAGGGGUUGGAGGAUACAAUGGAGUAUUGUGCCUGAAGUUUCAGAACCUGUGGAACCUCCAAAAGAAGACCUUACCGUAUCAGAAAAGUUUCAGCUUGUUCUUGAUGUUGCACAGAAAGCACAGAAUUUGUUUGGCAAGAUGGCGGAUGUGUUGGAAAAAAUUAAAAACUUAUUUAUGUGGGUCCAGCCUGAAAUAACACAGAAGUUAUAUAUAGGGCUCUGGGUUGCAUUUAUUGCAUCUAGUUUCCUUCCCUUCAAGCUGGUGGGCUUUCUCAUGGGAGUGUAUGCUGGAAUCAAGUUUUUCAUAAUCGAUUUCAUCUUCAAACGUUGCCCAAAGCUCCGAGACAAGUAUGAUACUCCUUACAUUGUGUGGACGAACCUGCCUACAGACCCGCAGCUCAAAGAAAGGACAAAUGCAACAGUAUCGAGACGGCUGUCAGGGCAUGAAAAGGUUCAACCAGUUACAUCAUCCCGAAGCAUCCUUGGGACAAAUAUCCCUUCAGUGAUCAAUAGGGAAGAUGAAGGCGGGCGAUCUCACAGCACCAAAAAAGGCAGUUUCCAUGAAAUCUUCAACUUAUCAGAGACUGAGCGCCCUCUAGCUGCCUGUGAAAAUGGAUGGCGUUGCUGCUUGAUAAAUAGAGACAGAAAGAUGCCAACUGACUACAUUCGUAAUGGAGUCCUUUAUGUAACAGAAAAUUAUUUAUGCUUUGAAAGCUCCAAGUCUGGAUCAUCCAAGAAAAAUAAAGUCAUAAAACUAACAGACAUAACAGAUAUUCAGAAGUACAAAGUGCUGUCUGUCCUGCCAGGAUCAGGCAUGGGCAUUUCAAUAGCAACACCGUCUACACAGAAGCCACUAGUGUUUGGUGCCAUGAUACACAGAGACGAGGCCUUUGAGAUGAUCUUCACUCAGUACAUGAAAAUAAUGUCUGCAGCUUCCAUCAGUGAAACCUAGCAGCAAGGAAAUUGUCGCCUCGUCUUUUUUGUUCUCGGUGGCGGGUGGGCCAGGGACUGCUUUACCUGCUUCGCAAUACUUUUUUCAUGUCAUGGGAAUUUGUAUUGUACAGUUUGUGUUUUUUGUAUUUGUCCGAUUUUUUUUUUUUUCACAUUUACUGUAAGCCUUGCACAGUAAGCACUUGUUGCAUUUGUUUCCAAGUGCUUUGAAAGUGUGCGAAAAUAGAAGUUGAGACUGACCUGGAGAAAGACAAAUCAAAGCCUUUUUCAAUUCCAUAAAUUCCAUGUAUAAAACAAACCUUACUCUAAACGGAAUGGACUGGAUAGUGCAAAUGCCUGCCAAUAUUUUACCUUUUAAAAUGAAUUAAUUUAGUUAAACAAAGGAUUUUAAAAAUAUGUGGUGAAAGGAGUAGUCUAUAAUAAACUGUGAGAUUAUCACCAGUUUUGACCUCCUAGAAA